UUUUGGGAAGUGAUCAGCGACGAGCAUGGCAUCGAUCCCACCGGCACCUACCAGGGAAAUGACGACUUGCAGCUGGAGAGAAUAAAUGUCUACUACAAUGAAGCGGCAGAGAAAAAAAGACGUGCAUUUACACAGUGCGUUCAUGACCUCAGGACACCCGAAUGGUUGUACAACCAGUGAAGUAAUGCUGAUGGUUUGCAGGGGAGAAAACGCUGAAGUAAAAUGACUGGGGCUGCCAGUACCCAGUAAAUGAGAUGAUAAUUCCGGUAGCAAGUAUGUACCCCGUGCCAUUCUGGUUGACUUGGAGCCGGGCACAAUGGACUCCGUCAGAUCUGGACCCUUUGGACAAAUCUUUAGACCUGACAAUUUUGUAUUCGGCCAGAGCGGUGCAGGUAACAACUGGGCCAAAGGUCACUACACGGAAGGAGCUGAGCUCGUUGAUUCAGUGCUGGAUGUAAUCAGGAAAGAAGCUGAAAGUUGUGACUGUCUUCAGGGUUUCCAGCUCACCCACUCGCUGGGUGGAGGUACUGGCUCUGGCAUGGGCACCCUCCUCAUCAGCAAGAUCAGAGAGGAAUACCCUGACCGCAUAAUGAAUACCUUCAGCGUCGUGCCCUCUCCCAAAGUGUCUGACACCGUGGUGGAGCCAUACAAUGCCACCCUCUCCGUGCACCAGCUCGUUGAGAACACGGAUGAGACCUACUCCAUUGACAAUGAAGCCUUGUACGACAUCUGCUUCCGCACGUUGAAGCUGACGACCCCGACCUAUGGCGAUCUCAACCACUUGGUGUCAGCCACCAUGAGCGGCGUCACCACUUGCCUCCGGUUCCCUGGUCAGCUGAAUGUCGACCUCCGGAAGUUGGCAGUGAACAUGGUGCCUUUCCCCCGGUUGCACUUCUUCAUGCCGGGCUUUGCCCCACUGACCAGCCGCGGGUGCCAGCAAUACCGCGCUCUGAGCGUCCCGGAGCUGACCCAGCAGAUGUUUGACGCCAAGAACAUGAUGGCGGCCUGCGACCCGCGCCACGGCCGCUACCUCACGGUGGCCGCCAUCUUCCGUGGCAAGAUGUCUAUGAAGGAGGUGGACGAGCAGAUGCUCAACAUCCAGAACAAGAACAGCAGCUAUUUCGUCGAGUGGAUCCCCAACAACGUCAAGACGGCAGUGUGCGAUAUAGCGCCACGGGGCCUCAAGAUGUCAGCAACCUUCAUUGGAAACAGCACCGCCAUCCAGGAGCUGUUCAAACGGAUCUCGGAGCAGUUCACUGCCAUGUUCCGCCGCAAGGCUUUCUUGCACUGGUACACGGGUGAAGGGAUGGAUGAAAUGGAGUUUACUGAGGCAGAAAGCAACAUGAACGAUCUGGUGUCAGAGUACCAACAAUAUCAGGAGGCCACUGCUGAUGAACAGGGCGAUUUCGAAGAAGAGGAGGAAGAGGAAGGUGAUGUUGAAGCUUAAAGUCCCUGCAGAUCCCUGGUCCUCCUCUGCAAGCUGGCAGUGUUGUAGUUUUACUCUCCCAUGAUCUCUUUGCAAAAAAAAAAAUUGUGGUUUUAACUUGUAAAUCUUGUUUAUGUACAACAUAGAAUUUUAGUGACAAGUGAUGCUGUGGAAACCAUGAUGUAAAUAGUGACCCAUUCGAGUGAUGCAAAUGGUUUUCAUUGUACUGAUUGCUGAAAUGAUUUUAAAAUACCCGUGUCGAA